UUUUAUAAAAGAUAAGCCAUUAACAAAGGCAGCAAAUUUUCAUAGAUUUGGAAUAAUUAUAGCAGAAAUAUCGACUAGUAAAAGACCCUUUGAUGGAUGUGAAAUUAAUACUAAACUUGUGAAAAUAAUUUCAAAGGAUCGUAACCAAAAUUGCAUUGGGUCUCCAAACUCUGAAUGUUCAACAAAACAAAUCUCAUUCUCCUUUAAUAUUCUGCACUUAGAGAGGUUUGACUGA